GGAAUUAAAACAUUGAUGUUUAUAUUGCAUUCUGCUAGGUAAAACAUCACAUUUUUGUGGCGUGGAAACACACGGAAUGAUUUGGUGGUAAGAGGACGGCAGUGAUAGGCGGGCUCGGGCAGCUGUGUGAAGGAAAAAACGUCGCACUUCCGGAAGAGGCUUUCCUUUUUCUGCGAGGCUAUCAAAGAGUUGAACUCGCUCAGCACUAACAACAUCAUGCUAGCCGCUCUUCAUUCACUUCUACUCCUAAUAAUCAAAGGACAAUAUGGCCACCGUCGUUGCUGUCAGCCCCAGUGAAUAUCUUCAGCCUACCACUGCCACGACCGCACAGGACAGUCAGCCGUCUCCUCUGGCCCUGCUGGCUGCCACCUGUAGUAAGAUCGGACCUCCUGCUGCUCAAGCCCCUGUCAGCACCCCACCAUCAGGACCGCAGCCUCGCCGCCUCCUGCCCAUCAAACCGGCGCCCAUCGCACCCGCCCCUCCUAAAAAUCUGAGUUUCUUACAAGCCAAAGGCAAUGUGAUCCAGCUCCCCACAGGCCUGGGCGCCACGACCCCCGGCAGCCCGAUCGUGCUCACCAUCCAGCAGAGCCCGGCACACCCCAGCCCCCAGGCUCCCGCUAACAUCCAAUACCAGGUGAUGCCACAGAUCCAGGGCGCUCCGACCAUCCAGGUGAUGCCGCAGGGGGGCCAGAUCCAGCUCAUACCAGGUACCAAUCAGGCUAUCAUCACCACCCCCAUGUCCGUACCAGCCCCAGCGGCCACCGCCCCCGCCACCACCCCUGUCCCAGCGCAGAAAACUGUGGCCAUCAAGCCCUCUCCCAAAGUAAAGAAGUCAAACGCCGCCAUCACUUCCGCUAAUGUGGUGCAGCUGCCAGGUGGACUCGCGCUGCCCGUCAACGUGGCUACAGGAGAGGUGGGCGGGGCUCAGAUCGUAACCGAGACAGCGGCAGCCCCCCCUGCUGCGGGAAAGGCACGACGAGGGAGGAAGAAGAAAGUGGUGCUGGCUGCUCAAGCUCCGCCUUCAGCUCCUCCCCCGCCUCUGCCGCAAGCUCCCUCUCCGCCCCCGGAUCAGAUGGAGACCAUCCUGAUAGACACUGGAGACAACAUCAUUCAGGCGGGAAACAACCUGCUGAUCCUGCAGAGUCCUGGCCAGCCAGCUGUGGUCCAGCAGGUGCAGCUGGUGCCGCCCAAACAGGAUUCUCAGGUGGUCCAGAUCCCCCAGCAGGCUCUGAAAGUGGUUCAAGCGGCCUCUGCCUCGCUGCCGCAGGUCCCGCAGAGACAGUCGUCGGCCUCCUCUGGUCUGCAGGUGGCGUCACAAGAGGCCGCACCAACACAGAUUCUCUUCAAGACAGGGGCAGGCGAGUGGCGGUCUGUCCAACUCCAGGAUGCGGUUUCCACGGCAACAACCCCUACCACUCCCGUAACCACUGCCGCCCCCACCUUGCCGGUCGCUGGCACCAAGAGGACACAGACGGGGGUGCGAAGGGAGCGGACUCUGGCGAAGAUUGCGCCCGCGGGGGGAAUGAUGUCGUUGAAUACGUCGCAGAUGUCCUCGGCGGCGCAGGCAGUGCAGACCAUCAGCAUCAAUGGCGUCCAAGUUCAGGGAGUUCCUGUAACCAUCACUAAUGCAGGAGGCCAGCAGCACCUGACGGUACAGACCAUGCAGGGCGGAGGCCUCCAGCUGGCGGCGGCGCAGGGCCAGUCCACUAUCCACAUGGAUCAGACACUCACACUGGAGCUACCCAGCCACGCGGGUGAGAGGAAGCGACGCAUGGCGUGCACCUGCCCUAACUGUAAAGACCUAGACAAGAGGCCGGGCGACGUGGGAAAGAGGAAGCACAUCUGUCACGUUCCCGGCUGCGAAAAGACGUUCCGGAAAACGUCACUCCUUCGUGCGCACGUCCGUCUGCACACGGGAGAGCGGCCCUUUGUUUGCAACUGGGUGUUCUGCGGGAAGCGUUUCACGCGCAGCGACGAGCUGCAGCGGCACGCCCGGACGCACACGGGAGACAAACGCUUUGAGUGCUCUCAGUGUCAGAAACGCUUCAUGAGGAGCGACCACCUGACAAAGCAUUACAAGACUCACAUAAACACCAAGAACCUGUGAGAAGACUCCAGACUGAAUGCAGACAAACUCACCAGCUCAACACUGAGGUGGAGUUUGUGACUUGUCCCAUAAUGGGACACUCCCCCACCCUCCCACAAAUCCCCACUGGGACUCUGUGUAGCAUGAUAAGAAACAAAAUCCCUCCCGGUGAAUAUGAGAGGAUCCAUGUAACUUUGCUCUACUCAAUACUGACUGAGUGCAGAUGCUCCGCUGCUGCUGCUGCUUAUUUAUGAACCCUUGUGAGCAAAGAUGGUACACAGCAACAACUCCACUCCAAGUUCCCUCCAUUCCAUCACAGUAGGGUUUUGAGGUGGAGAACAAACUAGCCCACACGAGUUAUGUCCUCUGCUUGGUUUUAAAGCUGCUUGUGUCUGCAGGUGGAAGACCUCGACACCACAUGUUUUUAACUGUUAUUUUAAAGCAUCUGCAUACAGCGACUUCAUACAUACCAAGCCAGGCCAAACCAUUCCGCUCCUCCUUGGAGAAGCCCUGGUGAAGUCCUGGUGUUCCCAAGCCAAGUCCUCCAGCAUGUGUCCAAAGCAUAGAACAGCCCCCCCUCGAAAGUGAACUCGUGACCUGAAAUGAUACCUGUACCAGAUAUGAAAAAGGCACCUGAGCUCCUUCACUUGUGUCUGUGGCUCACAGAGGUACACUCAUCUUCUGUCCAGAGAAAUUGGUGCAUUCUGUGGCGUUGAUCGCAGUAACAAAGGUGGCAGCAGCACAUUGUUGGGGCGAGAACAUCCUGUUUGGUGCCUUAAAAGCUGCCUAUCAUUAGUGAAGACCUGCUGCAUUGUCAUGGUGAUUGCGUGUAGACUCGCAAGGGGAACCAUGGGGCAGUAUGUUAUUGGGAAUGAGUGCAGACAUGAGAGGGGUGCCAUUAUUGAAACUUAACAAAACUCUAUGGAGGACUGCUGUGCUUGUGAAAACAUCUACACAUGUGGAGGAGGAAUUGGAAAAGCUGCUGUUUAUAACCUGAAACAAAGAUUUAGGAAAUAACGGAGAACGUAUCUUUCCCUCUUUUGCGGGACAAGGCGUGGUGUGUUAAUCCUCUUCGGUGGUUUGACUGGUACUCAAACAUGUUUUAAAAUACCAGUCAGAUUCCUUUGGCCUCGUUGAAGAUGAUUUGACAGCGGGUAAGUUAAAUAUUGAACACAUCUCCAUUUUUCUUACAAAAUAUAUUUUCAAAGGUCCUGUUGACAUUAAAUUUGCACCAGAUGUCGGAAACAAGUACAGUAGAUCACCCACUAUUUCUGGGGUUACAUUUGAGACCACUGGGGAAGAGAAAACAAAAAACAAGGUUAAUUGAGAAGUCCAUAAUAAUGUAUAUUUUUGACACGCGGCUUGCUUCGCCCCCUCCAAAUCCUCCUGUUAGCGUGAAGGUCUCUGAUUUCAGAUCAACAUUUGUAAUAAAAGUGCCUCUUGUAAUUAUUAAUUAGAUUCAGCUCCAGAACUUUCCCCUUCUCUCUUCAGAUUAUAAAUUGAAGUGACUCAAGGAAAAUGUAUUGAAGACACAAAGAGUGGUGCAAAAAAGCAUGGAAUGCUAAAACACCAUCUGAAAUGAAUCCAUAAUUCCAAAGCCAUCCUGCCCCUCGUUAGUUUAAAUCAUAUCAGUUGAUUCAGUCCCAACUGAUUGCUUACAAAAAGGUGUCUCCUUACCAAAGUGUCGCACAAGACACAUCUCAAAACUUUAGCGGACUUAUUGUUGUAAAACAUACUGAUAGUUUGGUUACAGAAGGUUAUCUAAACUUGUGAAUGUUCCAAUGAGCAGUGUGGGGGGCCGUUGUCCGGAAGUGGAAAGGAUGAACCGAACAUGACCAGGAUUUUUGACGGUAGUGACAACCAUUAUUAUUGUUAGUGCUGACAAAAAUGGUGUUCAAUAAUUAUUUUACCCACCGGGUAUCCUACAUGUUGCCAGUAUUCGCCUGUACAUUGUUGCUGUACAGCCAGACAUUUAACCACUUCAAACUGCUUCUGUGAGCUGCAAGAAGUCUCUGUUUACCUCUGUGUUUCAGUGUUGUAUCAUUUAAACAGACAUGCUUUUACUGGUGCGCAUAAGCUAUCAGGAGGCAUGCAAACAUUUACAAACAUAAAUCCUAAUAUCUGUUGAUUUGUUGUGACAAUCACAAUACAGGACGCAAAGCAGGCCUGUGGUCACUUGCUAUUUGAUAGCUUUAAUUCCACAUGAAGUCCAACGAGCGCUUGCUGAUGUGCCCAAAGAGUCACAAUGACUUCACAUCUCCCAUCAAAAAAGCACUUUGCUUCUCAAUGUGCUAGAUGGCACAAGGUGUGGGAGGGAGAGGUGGAGCCUGCUCAUAUUUAUGUUUGUAUACUUCCUGUUGUAUUUGCAGUGUACUCAAUGUAGGACAUGCUGCCGUGCUGUGCUUGGCCUGAAGGAAAAGGACAUUGUACAGUGUGUAUGGAUUCAAAUAUAAUGUGACAUUGUAUAGCUUCAUUCCUGCUCUAGAUGGUUUUCUAUUGAAUGAAAGAUGCCUUAGACAGCUGCACCCACUAUUUAAAUUGUUUCUGAUUUUUGUGUUCUUAACUUAUGUUACAUGCUGAUGUGAUGUGCACUAAUGAAACCACCCCAAUGUGUACAUUGAUUAUUAUAAUAACUAAAUGUAAACGACCCCCCCUUCCCCUUUGGUUUCUUGGUUGCUGUGAAUUGAUUGUUUCUCCUUUUACGUCAAACAAUGUCCCGCUGCCAAUUGUGUAUUUCAAGAGAACCCGGAAAACCAGCAGCUAAUUUUAUACAGUGUAUAAAGGUGCUACUUUUCUACAAGCAGCCCACAAAUAAACAAC